AUGAAGGAUUUCAUGGCCGAGAGAUGCAGUCUUACCAAGUGUCACAGACUGCCCCUUUGUGAUACGCUAACCCCGCGCAUCACCUUAGAAGUGAGUGUGCGGCUGCUGGGGGGCUUGAUGAAGCUGGGCUACGAGAUGGCGCACAUCCUCGGGAGGGAGUCGCACAUGUUUCGCGAGAAGCAGCAUAAUGUGGUGAUCAAGAUGGACCGACUAGAGCAGAAUGGGAUUCACAAUUAUCCAAUACCAUCGCUUUUCCCAUCUUGCACAACUUGUGACUUGGGAGGUGCCAUUGACUACUCAGAAGUAUUUCCUGCUGAUAAUGUAAAACAACAAAACAUUGCAGAAAUUCUCUCGAGCCCACGUUUCUGCCCCACUGUUGUGUCUUCUGUAGAAGCUUCAAUGCACUAG